AUGGCUGGCUUGGUUGACGCAUCCACUGGCCGUCCGGACCCGGUCACGCAAACCUGCUUCCGCCGCUUUGGCAUGGGCAAUUCUGACCAUGGAUUGGCGCUUUCUACCUUUUCAGCCCUUGUGACAGGAUCCUCCCUCGCCGAUCCCAUCUCCUGCAUGAUCGCUGCAGUGACGUCGGCGUACGGACCUCUUCAUUUCGCUGCUACAGAGACUGUCCAGAGGACUUUACGGGAAAUUGGGACAGUCGAGAACGUUCCUGCGUUUAUUGACAAAAUCAAAAGAAGCAAGAGCAAGCUGUUUGGCUUUGGCCACCGCAUGUACAAGGGCAUCGAUCCGCGCGUGCGCAUGAUACACUCAGUUGUGAAAGACUUGACCCCUGCCUCAGACCAGCUGAAGAUUGCGGAGCGCCUGGAAGAGCUCACUUCGAGAGAUGAAUAUUUUCAGAAGAAAGGCCUGUAUCCCAACGGGGACCUGUACGGUAACCUGGUGUUUACCGGGCUGUGA